CGCCACUAACCUGGCUUUGCCCUCAAGUUUUGUCUUUUCACUCUUGAACCGACAUACAAAAGAUCCCAUCUCUCCAUUCGACUUUAGUGUGCCUACUACACCUGAUCUUCCGGACAGCCGUUUUAGAGCGCAAUUCCAGCCACCUAUAAUUGAUACCAGCUACAUCUCAGAAACCAUUGGCACAACCAAAUCGAACCUAACCCUGACCCACGAUUCCCACGAUCCCCUCUCAAUACCGAAGAACGCCCGCCGUAAACCACUUCACCUGAAAGCUUGAAUAGUCUACGGCUCGUUGCGCCCGCGUCUGCUGUCACUACACGAGCGCUCUGUUAGUCCCGGAAGGCGCUGAUCUCUCCGCUCCUCUGCCGACCAAGACAUCCUGAUUUCGUCGUUGCCGUCCGCCUCUUGGUGCUCCUGGUGCUUCCCUUACCUGACGGCCUCGGCUUUAUUUCAUUUCCAUAUCCCAAUCGAGUUUCGGUUUCCGACUUCUUCAUGGAUAAUCUAUGGAGUCGCCGUGCCAACUCGAGCAAGCUCUCCCUUUCGACGUCAGGUUCCGGACAAGGCGACAGUCCGUCGGGACGAAAUCCUUCCUUCAAGCGAUUUGGCGGUGACAGCUCAUCGCUGGGAAAGAACCCCUUCGGCUCCUUAACAACGCCAGGCGGCAGUCUGGUGUCGCCCACUACUAGUGCAUCCAGCGCCUUCGGCCUGGGCUCUGGUGCCUUCGCCUCGUUCGGCUCGGCCAAGACGCCAAAGUCGCCCGGGAAUCCGUUCGAAUCGGCUCUGGGUGCUGCCGCGAAGACGCCAACUGCUGAGAAAUCGGCAAAGGAGGGCGGCCUGUCUGGCAAGGCUAUCGGUAAGCCGGCGUCUAACGCCUCGCUGGCCGAUGCAGCUAAGGCAGCUACCCAGCCGACGGGAGGGUCGGCCCCUGCAACUCACCAGCUGCGAAACAGCUGGGUCUUUUGGUUCCGGCCACCCAUCUCAAAGGCGAACGGAAUCAUCGAGUACGAAAAGACGCUCCACCCCAUCGCCACCGUCGAGACGGUUGAGCACUUCUUCAAGGUUUACCAGCACCUGAAGCGACCGUCGACACUACCGCUGGUAUCGGACUAUCACCUUUUUAAGAAAGGGAUUCGUCCUAUAUGGGAGGAUGAAGAGAACAAGAAUGGAGGGAAGUGGGUAGUACGUCUGCGAAAGGGAGUGGCGGAUCGGUACUGGGAGGACCUGCUGUUUGCCAUCAUUGGCGACCAGUUCGGCGAGGCCAGUGAGGAAGUGUGCGGAGCCGUUCUGAGUGUCCGGAACGGCGAGGACAUUCUCAGCAUCUGGGCGCGAGCGAACGGGCAGCGGGUCCUCAAGAUCCGUGAAACCAUGCGACGGAUACUGUCUUUUCCCCCUGACACAAAGCUUGAGUGGAAGAGCCACGAUGAGAGCAUCCAGCAGCGCACAGCGAUUGAGGAGUCGCGGCGGGAGAAGGCGAAUAACCAUCACCACGGCGAUAAGCGUCCAAACAAGCAGCAUCAUCACCAUCAGCAGCAGCAGCAGGCGGCACAGUCGCAGCCGCAGGGGGACACCCAAAAAGCCUCCUAAACACAUAACCUUCCGGCAACUCAGCAAGCGGCGAGCGGUCUUAUUCCCCGGUCCCCUUGUUAUGGAAACGGAAAUAAUGGAACCGCCUCAUAACGACGUAAGGAAACACUGCAGUAGUUUUCUGCCGCGUAUGUAUAGUACCACAUCAGCAAGCAUUGCACAAUGAGAAUUCUCAGCAUGACCUAAAUCGGGGUAAUCUGACUGAGCCAGUGGUGUUUCUAAUCCUUUUCCCCCAAUCAAACCAACAAGAACGGAUGAAAGGCGAAGGGAAAGCGGAAAGGCAUGCUGUUUGCUUUGAUGGCUCAUGAUUCGGCGUCCUAAUGGGCAGCUCCAUCGUCUUGGAUGGACUGGUGGAAUGAGCGGAUGGCGGAUGACUGGAUGGGAC